GGAGGAGGAGAAGAGCUAAAGAUGGCGACCUCAAACAAUCCAAGGAAAUUCAGCGAGAAAAUCGCUUUACAUAACCAGAAACAGGCGGAGGAAACGGCGGCUUUCGAUGAGGUGAUGAAAGACCUGAGCAUUACCAGAGCGGCACGGCUGCAGUUACAGAAGACUCAGUAUUUGCAGCUGGGACAGAGCCGUGGGCAGUACUAUGGAGGAUCCCUGCCCAAUGUGAACCAGCUAGGCAGCAGCACCAUCGACCUGCCCUUCCAGGCUGCUUUCCAGACAGCAGGACUGGACACGAGCCGAUCAACCCGACAUCAUGGACUGGUGGACAGGGUGUACCGAGACCGGAACCGGAUCAGCUCUCCACACAGACGCCCGCUUUCAGUGGACAAGCACGGGCGCCAGAUUGAUAGCUGUCCCUACAGCACUGUUUACCUGUCCCCCCCACCGGACACCAGCUGGAGAAGGACCAAUUCAGACUCUGCGCUGCAUCAGAGUACCAUGAACCCCAACCCACAGGACACCUUCACAGGAGGAUCACAGGACAUGCAGCACAAAAGAGUGCUUUUAUUAACAGUACCCGGCACAGAAGAAAAUGAAUUGGAGACAGACAAAACACACCCAAAGCAAAUGUGGGACAACAAAAAGAAUGUGUCAUCGAGGCCGAAGUCCUGUGAAGUCCCAGGAAUCAAUAUAUUUCCAUCACCUGACCAGGAAACGACCUCGUCUCUGAUUCCAGCUGCUCACAACACAGGGGGGUCUCUGCCAGACCUGACAAACAUCCACUUCCCUCCUCCUCUCCCCACCCCGUUGGACCCUGAAGACUCGUCCUUCCCAGUUCUGAGCUCCUCCAGCAGCACUGGCAACCUGGCAGCCACCCUCACCCACCUGGGCAUCACCACUGCUAACCAAGUGGUUACAACAUCACAGGCAACACUAAGUGGAUCCGGCCAGCAUCGUCAGCAGACAGUGGGGCCUCUCACCCUGAACACAGACUCCAGGAGACAGCCGCCACAGCAACUCUCCCCCCCUCUAACCAUCUCCCAGGCUAUCGCAAUGGAGGCUCUGUCCCUGGAGCAGCAGCUCCCUCUCUACACCUUCUUCACCCAGCCCAGCUCACAGGCCCACACCCAGGUUGUGAGCGGCCUGCAGCAGCCCAGGCUAGUGCAGCUCCCUGCCCUGUCUGUUUGCACCACCUCCUCCCUGUCCCAGUCUCCUCCGGGCAGCCAGACGCAGACAUCUAUGGGCAUUGACAUCAAUUCGGCUUCACUCCAGCAGUACCGCAGUAAUGCUGGGUCUCCAGCCAACCAGUCUCCCACCUCUCCUGUCUCCAAUCAAGGCUUCUCUCCUGGCAGCUCCCCUCAACACACUUCAAUCCUUGGCAGCAUCUUUGGGGAUUCGUACUAUGAUCAGCAACUCACAGCCAGGCAGACGAAUGCUCUGUCCCACCAGCUGGAACAGUUCAAUAUGAUUGAGAAUCCCAUCAGCUCCAAUAACCUGUACAGCCAGUGCUCUACCCUGAACUACUCCCAGGCAACCAUGAUGGGCCUGACAGGGAGUCAUGGGAGUCUACAAGAUUCACAGCAACUGAGUUACAUGAGCCACGGAAACAUCCCCAACAUCAUAUUGACAGUUACAGGAGAGUCUCCGCCCAGCUUGUCUAAGGAACUAACCAACUCGCUGGCAGGGGUCGGUGACGUCAGCUUCGACGCAGACUCCCACUUCCCUCUGGACGAACUGAAAAUCGACCCCUUGACCCUCGACGGACUUCACAUGCUCAACGACCCAGACAUGGUCCUUGCAGACCCUGCCACAGAGGAUACGUUCAGAAUGGACCGGCUGUAGCGUGGGACCACCCGUGGAAGGGGCCAGGGAACAGCGCCCCUUGCAGGUUCUGAGAAGAAUAGCAACCCAACUGAUUGGUCAGAUGUGUUUGAAUGGUGUGCCACUGUUGAUAGUGGCAGCUCUGUCAUGUACAAAGAAUUUAAGCUUGUUGUUCUGAGCUUAUUUUGCCACUGCGCCCAGUUUAGCGCUUGCCAUUUGCCCCUUGUUUCAGCUGAUGAAUGGGAAAUUCUACAUCGCCCAGAUUUAAACGUGCUUUUAAGGUUGUCGAUUUGUAUUUUGCAUCAAAUUGAGCUUUGAUCUGAAAUCAGUUUUAAAAAAAAAAACUCCCAUUUAAAAAUGAUGGCAAUGUGUAUAUAAUUCUUUAUGACGUCUUACAUUGACCAGGUGUGUCCAGGCUGCCAUUUAAGAUAUGCAACUUCUAUCGACAACCACAUGUUCUUAACUGCUUUGUUGUGUGUUUUUGUUAUUUAUUUUCCAUUAUUUGUUACCGUUUGAAUUGACCAGCGUUCACUGCCUGUUUUUGUACCCUGCCAAACUAUUCAUUGUGAAUAGUCAUAUUUUAUUUUUAUUAUUUAUUUAAAAUCUACCAGCACUGGUCAACAUUUCUUUCUCUUUUUUAUUUUUAAGCACAAGGAGUACUAAACCUCCCCAUAGUUAA